AUGUCUGGACGUGGAAAGAAACAAGCAGUGGCUGGCACCUCUGGAAGUACAUCAAAGAGAAGCAGAUCAGCCAGGGCAGGUCUGCAGUUCCCUGUGGGUCGUGUCUUUAGGCUCCUCCGAAAAGGGAAAUAUGCUGAUAGGAUUGGUUCUGGUGCUGCCAUCUACCUGGCUGCAGUCUUGGAGUACUUGACAGCAGAGAUCCUGGAGCUGGCAGGGAAUGCUGCACGUGAAAACAAGAAGACAAGGAUCCUGCCCAGGCACAUUCAGCUGGCUGUGAGAAAUGAUGAUGAGCUGAACAAGGUCCUUGCUGGUGUGACCAUUCCACAAGGCGGGGUUCUGCCAAACAUCCUUGCUCAGCUCCUUCCAAAGAAAACUUUGCUGAAGAAAACUGGUGGAAAUGUUUCUUCUUCUCAAGAAUAUGGUGGUAGCCAGUGA